CAUAGGCGGGUAGACAAGUAAUAAACUCCAGUAUUCCCAGCAGGCUCGAUAGUGUGAUACGAUCUUUAAGGUUUCUCUAUACAUAAGCCCAAGGUCCAGUGUGUUUGAGGUAAUUAUCGGGACUUUCAAGUUUUUGCGACUUCCAAAUGGAAAUAGUUAUACGCGUGAUAUGGGUUAUCCUCUGUGGAUUUGUUUUGCAUCCACCCGUUAGAUGCGAAACUCUUACACUUUCAAAGUAUUGCGUCCAAACAUCGAUGCCAACGUGCACUAUCAGAAAAAUGACAUACAACAACGUCACGACUAAAUUUGAGCCAGAAUAUCUUCACUGGAUUACGGAGGUGCAGUUUGUCGAUUCGAAUUUAAAGCAGGUGCCAAAAGUGUUCCCCAUACUACCCAGUUUGGUCCAGUUUACCGCUCAAAACUGCCGGAUUGAAUCGAUCGAAAAAGACGCUUUCAAGAAAGCUGUUGGCGUCAAAAUUUUAGAUCUCACAGUUAAUCAUAUAAAGGAUCUUCCCGAUGAUGCAUUUGCUGAAGUGCCUACCUUGGAGGAUUUGCGAUUAGGUUUCAACGAGAUUGCUAAUUUGGCGGAUAACACCUUUCGGGGAGCCAGCAACAUAACGGAUCUAAUCAUGAACAACAAUAAAGUUGAAGCUCUACCUGUUGACGUUUUUGCACCGUUGAAGAAUCUGGAAUAUAUCAAUUUAGAGUACAAUCACAUUGAAUUAAUUGACGCAGUAACAUUUCGGCACAAUUUAAAACUGAAAACGCUUUUGCUUAACAAUAACCAACUCCUUGUGUUCGCCUCGUCAUCCCUGGCCCAUAUCCCUGUUUGGAACUUAAUUGACGUCUCAUAUAACAUAAUCGGGAAAAUCAGUUUGCAAUCAGUGCACACAUUGAAAGCUACUCGAUCCCGUCUUACCGAAUGCAACAUCACUGGACCAGUUACUCGUUUGAUAAUACCCAACAACGACCUAAGAACUGUCAAAAUUUCAAAUCCAGAUAGUAUUCGAGAACUUGACAUCCGAACAAAUCAAUUCGAAACUUUGGCUGAUUUUGGAGAGCUACGGAACGUGGAAGUCUUGGAUGCAUCUAACAAUUCACUGCGUGACAUAUCUACAUUCUCCAGAAUGAAAAGCCUCAAGGAGCUGCGGUUGGCCAAUGUUAAUUUGAAUUCAAAACAAGAAAAUCUUUUGGACCUAUCCCAGCAAAUCACUACCCUCGAUUUAUCUGAAAAUAACUUACUCCAUCUGAAUCCUGAACAUCUGAAGUCACUGAAAAAACUAGAGAAGUUGUAUAUAGACAAGAACGAUUUUGCAGAGCUUCCCUACGAGACUUUGAAAGAGGAUCAUCCAAGUCUCUCUGAGCUCAGCAUCGCUGGCAACCUCUUCAAUUGCAGUUUCCUUGCAAAUAUUCUAAAAUAUUGUGAGAAACACGAUAUCCUUUUGAAAGUUCCAGCAAAUUUUGUAGAGUGGAGUUCGUAUGCUGGUGUCAACUGUAAUUUAACACAUUCGAAGAAGAUGAAAGAAGGUGAAAAGAAGAUGGAGGAAAAGAAAGAUGAACCCUCGCACUGUGAAAACACGGGGUCAGUUGUAACUACCGCCGUUUCAGUGUUUGUGGUGACAGUUUUGUUAACUAUCGGAAUACUUAUUGCCCUGCAUGCAACACAAUAUUUGACAAUACAUUUCAAUAGAAAUUCGAUGGUUAGGCAAAGCACAUUGCGUGUAUAUUCCGACUCAGAUGUUGGCCUUUAGAUUCAAUAAAAUACAUUUUUUGAAUGUUUCGAGAUUGGUGCAAGUUUUUAUCUAUUUGACAAAUUUUCGUUCAUAGUUUUAUCAGUUUGUAGUUUAUUAUAUUGAGUUUGCAUGUAGUAGUACCUUAAGGAGAACCAAUGUCAAUCAUUUUUAACAAAGAUAGAUCGGUCGUUCUGGAGAAAUUUUUGUAAAUAUCUAUUAUUAUAUUAAAUGAGUAAUCCAACGGCGUAGUUGCUGUUUCUUUUGAAAUA